AUGGAGCCCCGAGAAUCUCUGAAUUCCUCAGUGCACCCUCCAACCAGGCUCGAAUUAGCCUUAGCAGUGGCCGUUGUUAAACACAAACCGCCAGAUCAAGGCGUUCAAGAACAUAUUGUGCACAUCAGAGACUUUAUCAAGAAGUCCAAAGAGCUGGGGCAUGAUGUUGUAACGGACAAGUUCUUUGACAGUGUUUCCUUCUGGCAACAAGCAUACGAACAAUCUGAAGCAGGACAGAGCAAGUUGCAUGACCAGAUCUAUGAGCUUGAGCAGCGGAACAACCGUCUCAUGGCAAAAAUUCAAGCCAAAAAUCCGGUAAAUCAGAACGACGCCCCACAGACAAACAAGCGCACAACACCGCCUGGGAGGAAUGUGAAGAACUCAAAUAGGGUACAAAAACGGGCGAAGAUACCACAUCACAUGCAGAGAAUUGUUUCAUUGAUGAAUGAUGACUCAAGCGGAGAAGAAUACGGUAUGGAACUUGUCGUCUUUUCAGUCCUGGCGAUGGCUAAUCUCACGGCAGGUUUGUGUCUCAGCAGACAAAUAUAUACCCUUCAAAAGGCUCUCCAGAGAAAUCCAAUGAGAGCGAGCUCUUUGGCCACUGCUGCGAUUAUUCUUUGCAAGUCUGCAGAACAGAUGCUCAUCUGUGCUGUGCAGAGACGGAGCAUGUCCACCCAGCCAAUUCCGCCCAAUGCCAAACAAGAUACAGACAUCAAUGAUGUCUUUAAUGGAGUCAAAAUUGCUUUUCACCUUGUUCAUCGAGGCUUGCAUAAAUUAUCGAGAAAGGAAGAUGAGAAGCAGCAUCGAGGUCAGAUCACUUACUAUCUGGUUGGACUGUUCGAAUCAACCAUGACUGCCUUCACUCAACACUGCACUGCCAUUUCCAAACAGAAAUCUACCACAGAGACCGCAAAUGAUUCAGUUGACGGAUCAGCAGCUCAGCCACAGCAAAAUAUCAAUAAGAGGAACCCGCAUACAGAGGACGAAAUAGCCACUUGCCUCGCAGACCUGCUCUGCACAGUAGCCCUAUCUCUCGACAUAUCCCGCACUGAAGAUCAACAAGUAAUGGAAGGAUUCCUAUCCCUUGUCCUUGAUAGGGUGGGAAAAAUGCUAGCUUUAUAUGUCUUCCACGACCUCCGAUUACCAAUGAGCAUUAGUCCAAGAAUGACGUUCCCAGGAGGAUUGGAAGCAAUGGCAGACGAAAAUCUCACGCCGAAUGAUGCGCAACUGGAAGCAAAGUUUCUGAUUCGCCUUUUGGGAAGAAUGAUGGAUUCCGGAUCUGCGAAGUCGAUUUCCGAUGCACAGGCUACACGCAGCUUUGUCCAAAACGCAAGGACCCGUGUUCAGAACACCCUCCUUCGUGCUGUCUUUGGACAUGAUGACAAGCUGUUUCGGGAUGGCCUCCAACGUCCGAAGACUCCGCCUUCUCAAGCAAUUGAUGCUAACGAGACCAACCAAGAGGGAUUCGCGGAUUGGUUUACCCAGGAAUUAUGGCGGGUGGUGGGUUGGGAUGUGCUGAGGAGUGCAUUCGCUUUGAAUUAA